AUGGCGCUGGACGCUUUUCACAUCUGCGCCGCUCAGUUGGAUUCUGAGGCGAACAUACUAGAUGGGGCUGUAUGGCAACAUCACCUCAGGUCACCAGUCGAAUCGACCACAAUCGAUCAACGCCGCCCGUCAUCCCCCCCAUUCACUGGUUCAUCCAGUUUGAUACCACGUCUAGCGAACCACAACAUUAACAAAUUGCACUCGUACCGUUCUGACAGAUCGAUGGCUGCCAAAGCGCUAAGUAUGCGCCAUCGCUUCGUUAAGGCGACAGCAUUAAGUGACCCCUCAUUUGAUUCAACAAAGAAUAACCCGACACCACAAGCAACAUCUGACCAGGCGGCAGCUCAGCAAAGUGCAAUUGAGCCGUCAGAGACAUUCACAGCGCCAUCUACAUCGCUUACCACCGCUCAGACCUCCAUGCACACUUUUGCUGAGCUCUAUUCACAGCUCACGCAGAACAUGCCAACACCCGUCUUGUUGCCCCAAUCUCCCUCCCAGGGCUCAUCGCUCGGUCCUCUGUCAUGCUCCACUUCCACCUCUACCAAGAGCUCCAGCCAGCAUCAAACGAAGCGGAAUCCACAUCACGCUCAUCGUCACCGCCAUAAAUCGGGUGCACGACACCGGUCCGAAUGGUUUAUCUCAAAAGCGGUCAACAAAAUGCGACAGUCUCAGCUGACCAACCCGUCUUUGACGAGUGCUUCUGCUGAUGCCAACGACGUGACAACGAAAGAAAAUGUCAUCCAGCCCUCACAUGCACAACUCCACAGACGGUGCUGUCCCCGCUGCGGUGAUUCUUUACCUCCCAACGCCACGCCGGAAUACAUGGCAAAUCAUCGUCAGAGUAUCGGUCAUCGUCUCGGUCUGAAUGCUCCAGUCUCAUCUGCUUCCGCUUCCGAAGCGCCGUCUCCCACUUCGUCCGAGUCUCCCACCCCUCUACCCCGCUCUAGAUCUUCAAGUCCUUGGCCUGUUCAAUUGUCUGAUGCCAGUACGCAGCUCACUCCUCAGCUCUCGAGCAAGCUGCCACGCAGGCUUCGAAAUGCGCCACGCUGGAAGAAAAUCUCUCGCGACAACGUCGGUCAUAGCUUGCUCUCACGUAUGGGUUGGAAGGAAGGAAUGGGUCUAGGUGUACAAGAGUGCAAGUGGCAGCAACUUUGUCAUGAUAAGGUCAAGCGACAGCGCUCCGAAGCUGUACGGGCUCUGCUUUUGCGUCGGGUCUACGCCAUACAGAGCGCUCCUACCGCCAUUGACAGCCAAACAUCAGCGCUCGCGACAGGCACCCUGCCACUGAAUUCUGCGCAACCUGAACAGAUGGUCAAACUCGAUGUAAGAACAACAACGGCAUCAGAGGAACCUGAAUGGCUACAAAUGCUUCUGCAUCAGUCCACAACAGCGACAUCAGACCAACAUUUACCGCUCCUGUCAGCGUUUCCCUUUCAGCUCCCUUCCGAAAUGAUCGACCAGCAACGUGAGGCUGCCCAAACAUGGUUGUCUAACUUAGCUCAGCCCGACGCCGCUUGGUUUGAAUGUCUGACAAUGGAGGAACGCACUUCGCUGGAGCAGGCGUUGCUUUCAGGACAAGUUACCCUUGAGGAAAUUCAGAACGCUCUCUGGAUCGAUCCUCGAUGUCUGCAAUCUCAACCUACUGGCUCUGCCGACUGGCAACAGGCCAGUUCAGCGUCUACAUCAGCCAACGCUGCCUUCGCGAGUAAGGAUGAUGCCAUGCAGUCAAAUGCACUCCUCGAGCCGGUCGAGGUGGAGCUCCGCAGCGAUCGGCGCGGAAUAGGAUCGAAUCGAGCCGAUGACGGCAUGGAAGCGAGUGGAGGUAAAAAAAGGCGUUCCCGGACUGCUGAGGGCACCAUUGAAAUCCGCAGACAAGCUUCACCAUCAUCCGACCUCAUCGACGGCGAGCACAAAAAGCCUCGGCCAGAGUUGACCAGUCGGCCUUUCGGAUCUUUCAAUCGCUCGCGGUCGCGCUCGGGCACAGCAAACAGCCGGCACAUCAACAGUCAUGCAAGUCUCACGCGUAGACAGCGUGAGCUAGCAUACGAGCAAGAUAAGCGCGACUGGCUCGAUCUGCGUGCUUCUCUUUCGUGA